AUGAAGCACCUUCCCUUGCUUUGGUUGAUCCUCGUGGCCAGAACGCUCUCUGAGCCUGUCCAAGUCCCUUUCCAAGAUCCUCCAAGCAGCAGGAUUGCACCGGAGGCCACAGGUGUCAUUAGCAAUCCUGAGAAAGUAAAAGACCAGACAUACGACUACAUAAUCGCCGGAGGAGGUCUCACAGGUCUCACGAUCGCUGCCAAGCUUCUUGAUCACCAGGACAAGUUCAACGUGCUGGUGAUUGAGAACGGAUACUAUGGGUCUGAAUACGGUCCCAUCAUCGACGACUUGAACACCUAUGGUGAGAUCUUUGGCAGCACCGUUGACCAUGCCUAUGAGACCAGCCCCCAGAUCCACAAGCGGGUUGAGAUCAUUCGGUCCGGUAAUGGCCUUGGAGGUUCGACUCUUAUCAACGGCGGAACGUGGACGCGUCCCCACAGAGAUCAGGUCGAUUCCUGGGAACAUGUUUUUGGAAAUAAAGGCUGGAACUGGGACAGUCUGAAAACAUACAUGGACGAGAUUGAAAAGCCUCGAGACCCAACAAAGGACAAGGACGUGACUGAAGGCCAUCACCAUCCUUAUAACCCGGACUGCCAUAACUCCAAACCUGACGAAGGCAAGGUAGAAGUUGGCGCGCGAGAUCGAAAGACCAAUUGGUCGCCGCUUAUCUUUGCGCUAAUGCAAACAGCCAACGAGACCACUGGCGCGCCUUACCAGCAGGACCUCUGCUGCGGUGUUCCGUACGGCGUGUCCAUGUUCCUCAACACCCUGACCAAAGAGCAGGUCCGCACGGAUGCUGCGCGGUCGUGGCUGGAGCCGGUGCUGAGGAACGACUCCAUUAAAAACCGCAUUACCGUCCUGACCGGCCAGCUUGUCGGCAAAGUCAAUCUCGAUCUCGACUCGACUGAAAAGGAAGGGCCGAAGUACAAAGCGAAGGGAGUUGAAUUCGGCACCCACCGCAAGGAGGGCUGGAGCUUCAACGUCACGGCGAAGGAGGAGGUUCUCCUUGCCGCUGGAUCGACUAUCUCCCCUCUGAUCCUGCAAUAUUCAGGCAUCGGUCCGACCGAUGUACAGACGAACCCUAAAGUCAAGAUCGAACAAAAGAUCGACCUCCCUGUUGGCCUCAAUAUGCAGGAUCAAACCACAACCACUGUCAUGGCCCGGACCACCCCGGAAGGCAAUGGGCAGGGCCAAGUCGCGUACUUUGCAACCUUCGAGGAGGUAUUCGGAGAACAUGCGGAAUACUACAAGUCGCUUGUGAACCACAACGAAACACUUCGCGAAUGGGCCGCUGAAACCGUCGCCGGAGGUGGUUUCCACAACCAGUCCGCUCUGUUUCUUCAGUAUGUUAACUAUCAGAAUUGGCUGCUUGGAAAGAACAACGUCUCCUACGCAGAACUCUUUCUUGACACCGACAACCAUAUCCACAUUGACCUCUGGAACCUGCUGCCCUUCACGCGGGGAUACGUCAAGAUCCUCAACAACGACCCCUACCUGCGUAGCUUCGAAUAUAACCCCCGCUAUUUUCAAAACAAGCUCGACCUCUACGGACAAGCUGCGGCAUCGCGGCUUGCACGUAAGCUGACCCGCUCCGGGAAAAUGAAACAGUUCUUCGGCGAAGAGACGUUGCCCGGGGAGCUGCUGCCCGAUGACGCGAGUCUGGAAGACUGGGCGCGCUAUGUGAAGCAGAACUUCCGCGGCAACUAUCAUGGUGUUGGGACAUGCAGCAUGAUGAAAAAGGAACUAGGGGGUGUCGUGGACGAAAAUGCCAAGGUUUAUGGUGUUAAGAACCUGCGCGUGGUUGAUGGCUCUAUUCCCCCUACCCAGGUGUCUUCGCAUGUGAUGACGGUGUUCUAUGGUAUGGCCGUGAAGAUUUCUGGAGCAAUUCUGAAAGACUACAAUGAUAAGAAGUAA